AUGUAUUUUUUUCUAUGCAAUUUGUCCUUGAUAGAUCUUUGCUAUUCCUCAACGGCUGUUCCACGACUACUCGUUGACUUGUUCUCUGUUCAAAGAACAAUUUCGAACUUUGCUUGUGGCAUCCAACUCUACAUCAUAGUGUUCAUGGGAGGAACAGAAUGCCAACUCCUUGCCCUCAUGGCGUAUGACCGGUUUUGGCCAUCUGCCGUCCCUCUUCAUUAUCGCCUUCUUAUGAAAUGGAGCGUUUGUUACAGCCUGACUGCCUUUGCGUGGUUCUUCAGCUUCAUGAUAAAUGUUGUCCCAUCUCUGGCAACGCCCCUGAAGUUAUGUCAUGAAAACCGCAUCAAACCACUUCAUGUGUGA